CUGCUUCAUAACUUCUUCCAACUGUGCUGAGAGUUGCACUCCAGCCAAUGUGACCGGCACGUCUCCGGUGUGGAACUACAGGAGCUUGGGGAUUACGCAGCCGAACCCUUGCAAAUUCCUCGUGGGACAGAGGAAUUUGAAGGCUUCUGAUGAUUGUAUCAUUCCUUUACCUGGAGGGAAAUCCGAGAUGUGAACGUUUCACCCGGACACAUCAAUGUUCGGCUUGUGCAAUAACUCUGGUGACCUAGGAGGAGUUUCUGCCCUAGGAAGAUGAGAUUGUUGUAUGCCAAGAUACUUACGCUAGCAGCCCUCUUGGCGCAGUCUGAAGCCUUGGCUCCGCAUGAAGCGUGUGGGACGGCGGAGGUGGCUGACAUCUUGUUCCUGGUGGGUGAGUCCUGGAGCGUGGGGGAAGGGAACUUCCGGCUGAUCAAAGACUUCAUCUACAGUGUGGUCCUCUCCUUUGAGAACGUGGUAAUGGGCAGAGAGGGUGUUCGGCUGGGAGUGGCGCUCUACGCAGAGAAGCCAAGGAUGAGUAUCGAGUUGACGGAUUACGUCACCAUUGAGGAGGUGCUGGUGGCCGUCAGGGAGCUCUCGUUCCAAGGGGGCAGUGUAAAAACAGGGGAUGCCCUGGCGUUUGUGGCCCAUGUGGUCUUCAGUCCGGCAGCAGCAAGAGGAGAUGCAGCAAAGAUCGUUGUUUUAAUCACAGAUGGGAAAUCUGCCGAUUCUGUUGAAGAUGCGGCUGUGGCGCUACAGGACAGAGGCGUGACCGUGUUUGCUGUGGGAAUUAAGAAUGCCGACAGGAACGAGCUGAGGAAACUAGCUUCCACGCCCGCCGAGGAGCAUGUGCUUUACACUGAAGAUUUCCACUUGCUGGGGAACGUGUCCCCUAAGCUCUCUCGAAGGCUCUGUGUCACGGCCUCCGAGCCUCCGCGCCCCACCAGGCCGGCUAUGAACAUGGAGAAGAUCGUUGGUCCCCGGGAUUUACUUGUCAGCGAACAAAGUUACAGCUCUUUGAGGCUGACCUGGACUCCUGCCACAGGGAAAGUGACGGAAUACCACCUCCUCCUGAAUUCAGUUUCCACUACCGGGCAGCUUAUUUCUGAAGACCAGCGGCAGAUUGUUUUGGAUGGCAACAAAAGCACCGUGCUGGUGUCAGACCUGAAGCCCGACACGAACUAUUCCUUCACGGUCCUGGCGGUCUACGCGGACGCCCGCCGGGAGUCAAUGGCCGUCAAAGGGAAGACAACGCCCGUACCUCCAGUGACCAAUUUCCGGGUCAUAGAAGAAGGACUCUCCAGCCUCAAGGUAGCCUGGACUCCUCCCCUGGGGAAGCUUGAAGGCUACAAGAUCUACAUGCCCAGAUCAAACAGACCCGGGAUGACCUAUGAGCAGAUUCUGGGCGGCGACGUCACCUCUCACGUGCUUGGCAACUUGCAGGAGGAUAACGAAUAUACUGUCAGUAUCUAUGCUGUGUACCGCCAGGGCCCGAGCCAACCGGUGUCCACUACGGGGAGAACAUUGAAGCUCCUGCCAGUGAAAAGCAUCUUGCUCCAGAAUGAGACGACUGACACCAUCCAGGCCAGGUGGACCUCAGUUAGGGGAGCAUCAGGAUACAGGCUCACCUGGGUGUCGGCAGAGGGCAGUGUUGAGACCGUGAACCUGGACGACGCUUGUACUGACUACAUGAUCCCGGGGCUGCAGCCUGGGCUGGAAUACACCGUCACCGUCAACCCCAUCUUUGGGGACAUGGAGGGGCCGGUGGUGAGCAGCAAGGCAACCACUCUGGCAUCGAGCGCUGUGCAGACCCUGAAAGUGUCCGACGUAACAAUCAACUCUGCCCUGCUCUCCUGGAAUUCAGUGGCUGGGGCCACUGGGUACAGAGUGGCUUGGGGCCCUACUCCGGAAUUCUUCCACAAAGACCGACCGCGGCAGCUGGCUCUGAACAGCUCCACCACAGCCUACCAGCUCCGAAACCUGGCCCACGACAGCGAGUAUGUGAUUUCCCUCUAUGUGCUCUUUGGCUCGGCAGAGGGGCCUGGGAUCACCACUUCAGCCAGGACGUCGCCGCUUGGCUACGUGUCCAAUUUCAAGGUAACUUCCUACACGAGCACAUCCAUCUCCCUUGCAUGGAGUGCCACAGCUGCAGCCACCGGAUACCGAAUCUCCUGGAGCCCAGAGGGAGCGGGCAGAGGAAGAGGAGUUGCCAAGAGCCAGUACCUGGGCAGCAAGGGGCUUGCUUAUCACAUUGAGCAUUUGCUGCCUAAUACCCACUAUACACUUGGUGUUCGCGCUAUGUUCAACAAGUCCGAGGGACCAGAAGUGACUCUCACUCACCGUACUGCCUCGCUCGCAGACUCUACCCCCAUCCAGACCGUUCGGGAUUUGCGGAUCGUCGACAUUGGAGUAAACAGCUUGAAGGUCUCCUGGAAAAGGACCCCGGGCGUAACGCACUAUAAGAUAUCCUGGGUCCCGUUCAGCGGUGGCUUGGAAACCUCACAGAUCGUUCCAGCAGAGAUCAUAUUUUUCACAAUUACUAAGCUGCAGGAGAGCACUACGUACACCAUCCGUGUGUCUUCAAUGAUCCGGGAACGGGAGGGAAGCCCAGUGCUUCUGACUGCCAAAACACUGGGUUUGCCCAAAGUGACUCAGUUUGCAGUUCAGGAGAGCACGGAAAGCAGCGUUUUGUUGAGCUGGACGGGUGUUCCGGGGGCAUCGGCAUAUUUAUUAACAUGGCGCCUGGCAUCAGAGUCUGACCUUUCCACUGAACUGUUGGGAGCAGCUUCUAGAUCGUAUCGAGUUACAGACCUGAAGCCAAGAGGGAUGUACUCAUUUUCAAUAAGGCCACUCUUCGGACAGACGGAGGGGCCAGAGGCGGUGCUUACUGAGCAGACUGUGGCAUCUCGAGGGAAUCCUUCCACUCCUGCUCCUACCAUUACUUCUUUACCGCCUGCCACUACGAGGCCCCGGUCCGUGGGCUCUAGCCAUGCAAGGGCCACUCCUCUUCCAUCAGCCACCACCAUGACAUUACGAAUGACCCCAGCAACCACAGUUGUGACAACUAAAGCGUCGCCACCAUUGACCACCCUCUCUGGGCCAAUCUGUGGCAAGUUCAAAGCGGACAUCGCGUUCCUGGUGGACGAGUCUUCAAGCAUUGGCCAGAGCAAUUUCAAUAAAGUGAAGGACUUCCUCUUCCGGAUCGUCUCCUAUUUCCCCAGAAUUGGGCCUGAGGGAACACAGGUUGCUGUAGCUCAGUUCAGCGAAGAGCCCAGGACUGAAUUCCACUUUAACCAGCACAAGGAUCGGAAUGGAGUUCUCAAAGCCCUCAAGGAGCUGCGGUACACUGGAGGCAAUACAAAGACAGGUCGUGGCUUAGGCUAUGCGCUAAAGGAGUUAUUUCAGUCCUCCAAAGGGAUGAGACCAACUGUGCCUCGCACGCUGGUGCUAGUGACUGAUGGACAGUCCCAGGACGACGUGUUGCCACCAGCCAGAGUGGUGCAUGCAUUAGGAAUCCGUGUCAUCGCCGUGGGGGUCUCCAGAGCUGACCCCCAAGAACUGAACAGCAUCUUGUUACACCGCAACCUGCAGAAUGUUUUCUACAUCAGCACCUUUGAGGACUUCCCCCACAUCAUCCAGGAGGUGAUAGAAACCAUUUGCUCUGACUCGCCGCAUUCGGGAGCCCAACCGCAGCCCGGGGAGGUUGCUAGACAGGAUAUGAGCAAACUGCAGCAGGUUGGUGGCCUGGAGAACAACUCAUCAAUCCAUGAUCCAGCUUCUGUUGAUGCAGAAAUCCAAAGACCAGAGGGGCCAUGCAAUCCCAGGUGCUCAAAGGCUCUUAAAGGAGAGAAGGGCGAGAGAGGCCCACCUGGAGAAUUGAGCUUCACCGGUUUGCAGACUGGAGGCAGUUACGAUCCAUACAGCUUUGCUGUGAAGGGAGAGAAGGGAGAGAGGGGGCUCCCUGGGAAAGAUGGAAUUCCCGGACUGCCAGGUCGACCUGGGCGAGUGGGCCCCCCUGGCUCCCCUGGGCUGAUGGGGCUCCCUGGUAUCCAAGGCGAUCUCGGACCUCCUGGAUAUCCAGGGCCAACGGGGCCGAAAGGAGACAGAGGGGAACCGGGCUACGUGCUGGGAGGGGUGGAAGUGAUCCCUGGCCGAAACGGACAACCAGGCUCUCCUGGACAGAAAGGGCAGCCGGGAGUUCCUGGAGCAGCAGGACCGCCAGGGCCACAGGGACCGCCUGGGAUGUCUGUGAAGGGCGAGCCUGGAGACGCAGGUCGUAGAGGGCCUCGAGGGAAAAGCGGCGCCAAGGGCGACAAAGGAGAUGCGGGAGAGACCGGGAAAGCCGGUUUGCCUGGCCCCCUCGGGCUGGAUGGUGCUCCUGGAAUUCCCGGGCCAAGGGGAGAAAAGGGGGAAGCAGGGAUCGGCAUUCCAGGCACACCUGGCUUUAAGGGAGCAGAAGGAGGAAAGGGGGAAAUGGGACCACCCGGAGCACAAGGACAAAAGGGUGAACCAGGAUUGCCUGGAGAAGAAGGACUGACUGGCCCAAAGGGUAAAAAAGGCCAAGCAGGUGUCAAAGGGGAGAAGGGGGAGCCUGGAGAAAUGGGGCCGAAGGGACUUCAAGGAAUUGCUGGUCUUCCAGGAAUGGUGGGGCAGAAAGGAGACCAAGGAAGUCAGGGCUUUCCAGGUGCUCCGGCCAUGGGGGUUGUUGGACCUCCAGGCAAGAAGGGUGCCAGAGGGGAUAUUGGACCUGUCGGCCCCACAGGACCACAGGGAAACAAAGGAAAACAAGGAGAUAAAGGAGAGAAGGGAAGUCCAGGUUUUGGCAUUCCAGGGCAACCGGGAUUGAAGGGGGACAUGGGCGAAAGGGGGAAUGUAGGUUUAUCCGGCAAACCUGGCCCAAAGGGGGAAAUGGGUCCGAGGGGAGAGAAAGGUGAACCAGGAAUACCUGGGAAACCAGGAGGGACCGGACUAAGAGGUAAAGAUGGACAACCGGGGCAGAAAGGGAACGUGGGGACCAAGGGAGAAGCAGGUGCCCCAGGGGAGCCAGGAGAGAGAGGAAUCCAGGGACCUUUCGGGCUUCCGGGACGUCAUGGAGAACAGGGGAUCAAAGGCGAGAUGGGAGAACCGGGAAAGGAUGGAGUCGCCGGAGAGAAGGGAGACAAGGGUGAAGCUGGGAAGCCUGGGCCUCCUGGGUCACCUGGAAGCAUCGUGUCAUCUCUGGAGAACAGCAUCACCAACAAAGGCGAUAAGGGAGAUCCAGGGGAAACAGGCCUGAAAGGAGAGAGAGGCCCUCCAGGUCCCAGGGGGCCGGAUGGUCUCCCAGGGCCUGCAGGUGGGACUCUGCUGGAUAACAUGUCAGAAAAGGGGACAAAAGGGGAAAAGGGAGAUCCAGGUCCACCUGGCAAAGGAGUGGAGAUCAAGGAUCUGGAGAGACUUUUUGAAGCCUAUGGGAUCAAGCUGGCGCUACUGAAGGAACUGACCGAUCUGCUCCUGAGGGAUGGGCUUGAAGCGCUGAUCCAGCGGCGAACCAGCUCCAGGAAAGGCAAGCCCGCCAAGAAAAAGGAGGGAUCUACGCAAGCUACGGACUAUGCUGUUUCGUUGAAGUAUGAUUUUUCUAGCGACCCUCUUACCAGUAUAGAAGUCACUGAAGAAGACCUGAGUAUUGAUGUCGGGCAUCAGCUUACAGUUCCAGCAGCUGUAGGACAAUCUACUAAGGAUGUAACAGGUCAGAAGAAACCUCUGGUUGAUGGGACAACAGCCAUCAGUCCUGGUGACUACACCGAGAUGGAAGUAAUGGUAAACCAGAUGCGCUCAUGUCAGAGACAGCCGGAGGCUGAGAAACGGGAAGGCCAUCCUAGAGCUCUGAAUGCAACUUGGCUACAAACUAGCCAAGAAGAGCCCACUGCAGGGCGACAACAUACUGCUGAAAAUACCUCUCUUGAGUGCCAAGAGGUGGAUGGGUCGGUAAUAAGGAAGAAGGAAGAGGUAACAUUGAAAAUCCCCUUGCACGCUUAG